AUGGCUGCUGUCCCUGCCUACUCCGAUAUCGCCAAGGCGGCGAACGAUCUCCUUUCCAAGGAUUUCUACCAUCUCUCCUCCGGCAGCCUUGAGGUCAAGGACACCACCCCCAACCGCGUUGCCUUCAAGGUUACCGGCAAGAGCAGCCACGAUGCUGCCACCUCCGGCGCUAUCGAGGCCAAGUACUCUGACAAGUCCACCGGCGUGACCGUCACCCAGACCUGGAACACCGCCAACGCUCUCGAGUCCAAGGUUGAACUUGCCGACACCCUCGCCAAGGGUCUCAAGGCCGAGGGUAUCUUCUCCUUCCUCCCCGCCUCCCAGGCCAAGGGUGUCAAGGCCAACCUGCAGUUCAAGCAGUCCAACUUCCACGGCCGCGCUUUCGUCGACCUCCUCAAGGGCCCCACCACCAGCAUCGAUGCCCUUAUCGGCCACGAGGGCUUCCUCGCCGGUGGUUCCGCUGCUUUUGAUGUCCAGAAGGCUAAGAUCACCAACUACUCCCUGGCCGUCGGUUACCACGCCCCUACCUACAACGCCGCUGUCACCGCCACCGACAACCUGAGCGUUUUCUCCGCCAGCUACUACCACAAGGUCAACAAGCUUGUCGAGGCUGGUUCCAAGGCCACCUGGAACUCCAAGACUGGCAACACCGUUGGUCUUGAGGUUGCCGCCAAGUACCGCAUUGACCCCGUUUCCUUCGUCAAGGCCAAGAUCAACGACCGCGGUGUCGCCGCCGUUGCCUACAACGUCCUCCUCCGUGACGGCGUCAAGCUCGGUCUCGGUGCCUCUUUCGACACCCAGAAGCUCGACCAGGCCACCCACAAAGUCGGCACCAGCCUUACCUUUGAGAACUAA